AUGUUAACGCCGAUCCUCAACGAAGUUCUUCAAAAAACCAACCCUAACUCCGAAAUAUCGAACUUCAACUCAUUGCCGCCCCACGCCGCCCCAAGCACCGUAAAACCAGCGAGAGCGCUAAACGAGCCACUCACACGCCCGAGCGUAACAGGGGUCAAAGUUUUGUUGCACAUCGCAAUCCGUUCUUUCAUCAAGCCCAAAAAUGUUCAGGCCAACUUUCCAACCCCCCUACAAAAGUAAGUAUAAAAUUUUCUUUUUGUAUUCUUAUAGGUUUAUAUGUUUCCUAGGGGAUAUCUGAAGGGUUAG